CCUGGAUCCAGCCGCAUCGUGCGGAAACGGUUUCGGGUUGACCUUCAGUCGUCGACAGAAGUUCAGCAUUAUACUCUCUUGCGAUGAUUUUAUGCAACAUAGAGUCCUUCACUGUUCCGGCCAUAGUGUUAUUUGGGUGUCGUUGUUGACCCGUCAGCAACACGCAGCGAGGACUCCAUCCUUGAAAGUCGCCUUUAGGGGAACACUUGUCUUUAUAUUAUCUUUUAACCCAUAUAAAUCUAGGAAUGCAGGAUAGGACCCAGGCUUUUAAGGUUCUCCGUGGAGCAACACGAGCAGAGGUCCAAGCUGCUAAGCGGCAGGAUUUGGAGGAUUCUGAUGAUCGCACGGAUACCGAGGCGCUUAUCGCGUCUGGGCCCCAUGUCACGUCCAACGGUCCUGCUGCUGCUGAGGCAGCCGCCCGCCGAGCCAUAUUCGCUGCCAAUCGCUCCCUCACAAUGCGGCGUGUGCCGAUCCGGUGGUGGCGGAGCGACGCUUAUGCCCUAAAAGAAAUCCUAGGCAACUGGGUCAACGUUUUGUUAAUAGCCGUACCCUUGGGCCUCACGGCUGGAGCAUUGAAGUGGAGCGCAGCCUACGUUUUUACACUGAACUUCCUGGCCCUCAUCCCGCUGGCGCUGGUGCUGGGCGACGUGACGGAGGACCUGGCGCUGCGGUACGGCAGCGUGGUGGGCGGACUCAUCAAUGCCACCUUUGGCAACAUCGUGGAGAUCAUGCUGUCCAUCGCGGCGCUGCUCAACGGGCUGUACGGCGUGGUGGCGGCCUCGCUGCUGGGAUCCAUCCUGUCCAACCUGCUGCUGGUGACGGGCUGCAGCUUCUUCUUCGGUGGCCUCUUCAACAAGACGCAGAAGUUCAACGCAACCGGCAACCAGGCGUCAGGUUCCCUGCUGUUCCUGGCCGCGCUGGGCUUCCUGAUCCCCACCGGCGCCUCGCUGCUGUUCGGCGGCGGGCGCGACGGCAACGCGGAGGAGGUGGUGCUGGGCAUCAGCCGGGGCACCGCGGUGGUGCUGCUGCUGUGCUACGGCUGCUACCUGGGCUUCCAGCUCUACACGCACACCGACCUGUUCGAGGACGGGGACGACGACGGUGAUGACGACGAGGACGAGUGCCGUGUCCCGCUGCCCGGGGGUGGCGGCGGUGAGGCUCAGCAGCCCAUGCUGAGCCUGGUGACGUCCCUGGGGCUGCUGACGGUGAUCACACUGCUGGUGGCGGUGGCGUCGGAAUUCCUGACCUCAUCUCUGGAGGAGUUCAGCAAGAGUUCCGGCCUGGGUGAGGCCUUCCUGGGCACCAUCGUGCUGCCCAUCGCGGGUAACGCGUGCGAGCACAUGACGGCAGUCAUCGUGGCCACAAAGAACAAGAUGGACCUCUCCAUGGGUGUGGCGGUGGGCUCCUCCAUCCAAGUGGCCCUCUUCGCGGUGCCGCUGGCGGUGGUGGUGGGCUGGGCGACAGGCCACCCCUUCACCCUCGACUUCGACCCCUUCUCCGCCCUGGCGCUCAUGCUGUCCGUGGCGCAAUCCAACUUCGUGACCGCGGGCGCCACCUCGCACUGGCUGCUGGGUGUGCAGCUGAUCGCGCUGUACGUGCUCAUCGCACUGGCCUACUUCUUCAAGUAGGGGAAGGGGAGGCGGAGGCCGAAGAGGUGUCCUAUUUCUUCAAGUAGUGGAGUAGCACGAGAGGAGGAGGAGGAGAUUGUCAAGGGAUGUCCUACUUCUUCGAGUAGCGCGCGAGGGGAGGAGGAGACUGGCAAGGGGUUUCCAAGUGGAGCGGAG